AAGAUUGCCAAAAUAUGUAUUUUACAUUAAAUUCACCAUUCAAUACCUUAAUGUAGAAAAGUAACGACUCUCUAACUGCACUGUAGUGAUAUAAUAAUAAGCAAAUAUAUUUUAUUGACUUGAGCGAGUUUAAAGUCAUGAAUGAAUGAAUUAUUUACGGUUGCUGAAUCACACGUAUUUAAACCAUGGCAGGAUAAGUGGAAAUUUUCCACAGAUUUUAAAAAGGAGAGAAUUUUGUUUAUUUGUGAUGGCCGUAGCUUUGAGAAUUUAUUCACAUGCCUACUUUCGACAUCCCAUGUCAACAUGUGCUAUAUCUACAGGAACGUUAAUGGCCACAGGUGAUUGUAUAUGUCAGUUAGUUAUAGAAAGGACACGUAAUUAUGAUUUCCAUAGAACAGGCAGAUUUCUAGGAUUUGGUCUAUUUAUAGGUGGUCCAAUUUUUAGAGUAUGGUAUAAAACUUUAGAUAAAGUAUUUAGAGGUACAAAAUAUGCUCCAGUGAAAAUGGUCAUAGCUGAUCAGGGUUUGUUUGCUCCAGUGUUCUUGCCAUUUUUUCUUGGAACUAUGGGAUUUUUGAGAGGGGAAACAGUGGAUGAGUUCAAAAAUCAAGUUAAAAAGGAUUUUAUACCAGUAAUGAAAGCAAAUUAUAAGGUGUGGCCAGCAGUCCAGAUUUGUAACUUUAUGUUUGUGCCUUUACAACACAGAGUUUUAGCAGUGAAUUUAGUAUCAAUAUUUUGGAAUACUUAUUUAGCAUGGUUUGCAGAAACCAAAAAUAAAGACAAUUUAAAUUUGAUUGAACAAGAACUUAUACUACAUGAAGCAGUUCAUGAAUCACACGCCACACCAACAAGCAAGUCCACGUCGCCAACAACUGUAACUAAAAGUGUUGUAAGCUGAAACUCGAAGGAUUUUUGCAAGUCCCCGUCCUCUUCAAUAACUGUAACUGAAAGUGUUGUAAGCUGAAACUGGAAGGAUUUUUGGAAGUUCCCGUCCUCUUGAAAAACUGUUAAUGAAAGUUGUUAGCUGAAACUGGAAGCAAUUCUUAAAUUUUUGUUAACUAAAAGAAUAAGCCAGUCUACUUCAAUAACUAUGAAUGAAAGUGUUGUUAGUUGAAAGAAUUGGCCAGUCUGUAAAAAUAAGAAAACACUACUAUUAUACCAUGUGAAUAGGUCCACAACUACAUUCAGUGAUUUGGUGAUUUAUGUUCAGUUUUGGAUGGUGCAUAAACUUAAGUGCAAUUUAUUGUUUUAAAGUCUUAGAGUACUAUAAAACUUCUUUGAUUCAUGGAUUAUUUUGUUUGCGUAAAAUUAUGUCAUUAAUUUUUAUUGUUGAAUGUGACCAUUUGUUGCAUAAGCAAGACAUAGCAACCUACAUUCUAUUGCCUGUGUCAUCAUCAGUUAGGCUCAUAGUGAAAAUGUAUUUUUUUAAUCAAAAACUUUAUCAAACCUUCAUGGAAAUUUAUAAAGUUUGGACGACAGCUCUCUUAUGACCAUAAAUAAGAUAUUUAAAAUACUUUUUAUUUUUCCUUAUAAUUAUUUAACAGGCAUUUUUUUUUUGUAAUUAUUUUUAGAAACAGUGUUGGGUUAAAGUUGUUUUUAUAGAAACUUUGUCAAAUCUUCAGAGACUUGACACAUGGUGAUUAACAUGACGUACUUGUUUGGCUUUAUAAAUAUUUUGAUAUGAGCGUCACUGAUGAGUCUUAUGCAGACCAAAUGCGCGUCUGGCGUAAUAAAUUAUAAUCCUGGUACCUUUGAUAAAGUUCUACUUAAUCAAAAUUUUGAUUUUUUUCUAUUAUCUUUUACAGUAUUUUUAAUUAUGAAUGAAGGACUUAGUUUUUGUGCAGGGAACAUUGACAUGCAUCUGAGUAAACAGCUUAAUUUUAUUUAUCCAUAUUGGAUAAAAAGACUUAAUCCUAGGUAUCUAAAGGCCUCAAGGCUCUGAUGAAUGACAAAGUCUAACUCUCAAGCACAUUUUUUGCUGUUGAAAUUUUUUUUUUUAUAAAUUUGCCAAAUACUUUUAUUUGAGGUCAACAAAUGCUAAGAGAGGAUCAGACUGAGACGGUUGUUGUUUUUAAGACGCACUGAUUGUUUAUAACUUGCCAUAUUUAUCUGAUUGUUGAUUUAAAUUGUUUGUGUCAAAUAUAUUUUUAAGAAAUCCAUUAGACCCAAAUAGUUAUGUUACAGAAAUCCAGGCCUAUGCCAUAAGGAUUGUUAUCAGUUUAAAACUUUUUUUUUUACAAAAAAACAUGCUGCCGCUAGGGUUUUGUCUAUAAGAAAAUCCAACUUCUAGCCACCAUUUGUAGUAUAGAAGAAUUUGUACAUUUUACCUGGUCCUUCUGUAAAGUCAGAAAUUAUUGCAAUGUUUUUAUAAUUUUGAAAAAUGCAAAAAAAAUUAUAUGAAUCAAAUAGGAUUUUCUGAAAAUUGCAAAAAAAUUAAAAUUGCAUUUUAGUCUAAAAUGACAAAAUCGCAAUACUAAAUGCAUGCAAUAAUUUCUGAAUUUACAUUAUUCAUUUAAGGGUUUUAUAGCUGAAUGAAAAAGAAAAAAUAUUGCCGAUGUGUUAUAUGUUACAGACAAACUUUUUAUGAAGUGUCAUAUUAUUAUUUUGUAGGUUUUAACUAAUUUGAUUGGAUCGGAAAGUGUCUCAUGUUCAACUGGUUUUUUUUCAAAUAUAGACUUAAAAUGGCAGAUAGAAAAAUGAUAUUUUGCUCAGUUCUUUUUGAAUAUUUAAAUAUAGAAAUCUCAAAGAUCAGGCUUCAUAACAGCCAUGAAAAUGAGUUUCUGCUCUAUUUCUGGCAGAUUGACAAUUAUAAUAUAACAAUUGUAGCCUAUGUGUCACAUGAAUAUGAUUGAUGAAGAUAUACCGACCUUUAGAAGUAUAUCUACCUCAUACUACUUGAUCCACAUGUACAGUAGAUAUAUUUCUUUCAGGUUGAUAUACCCUUGUAUCAACCUCAUACACAGGCUAUAAAUGUUUUAAAAUAUUUAUUUAAAAAUGUCUUGUAAAAUUCUGCAGCAUUUAACCAAAAAUAUAUAUAUAUUGAUAUGGCAAGAACUCCCAGUUUUAUUAGGGAAGUAUUUAUUGCAUGCAUUUAUUAUUGCGAUUUUGUCAUUUUAGACUAAAACGUGAUUUUUAUUUUUGCAAUAUUGAGAGAGAAAAAAAAUCUGUCACAUUUUUCGCAAUUAUAAAAACAUCGCAAUAAUUUUACAGUACAUGGAAUGUUACAUUUAAUUAUAAUGUUGUUGUUUUCAAUAAAACAGGAGAUAUUUAUCAUGGGAGAUAACUCUUAAUAUUUUUAUCAUGGGAGAUAACUCUAUAUGUCUUCAACCUUGGUAUCAGUGAUAUUAAUUUUGUUGCUCAUAUUUGACAUGUUCUUGUUGUUAUGAAGAUAGACCAAUAUUUGGCCUUUAUUUCAAUAAAACUACUUACUUGUA